UUAAAAGAAAUCUAUGUCACACUAAAUAAGGAAGCUUGUGAAUAGUAAGAAAAUAUUCAUUCACAUAUGAAUUGAAUCCUCGUUACUUUUUUUUGUAAACAAUCAAAUAUUUGGUAAUUCUUUGACCGUACGUUCCCUUGAAGAGAAAUGUUCUACGAUUACUCUAGACCCAUAAUAUAUUUGUAUAUAAAAUAUAUAGGGUACCAAGUUAUGUGUCUUAUUGUUUCUCCAUAACAAAAAACCCUAGCAGCAGUUCCUUUCAGAGCUUCUCCAACCAGCAACAAUGGAUCAAGUCGAAUCAGACGUUCCCACAGCUGCUCUCGCGAAGAAGAGAACGUUCAAGAAGUUCUCCUACAAAGGAGUUGAUCUCGAUGCUCUUCUUGACAUGCCCACCGAUGAUCUUGUCAAGCUCUUCCCUGCUCGUAUUCAAAGAAGGUUGUCUAGAGGUCUGACGAGGAAGCCUUUGGCUCUCAUAAAAAAAUUGCGCAACGCGAAAAGGAAUGCGCCUGCUGGUGAAAAGCCAGAAGUAGUGAGAACACAUCUAAGGAACAUGGUGAUUAUGCCUGAAAUGAUUGGAAGCGUCAUUGGUGUGUACAACGGAAAAACGUUUAACCAGAUCGAGAUCAAACCGGAGAUGAUUGGACACUACCUUGCGGAGUUCUCAAUCUCUUACAAACCGGUUAAGCACGGUAGGCCUGGUCAGGGUGCCACACACUCCUCUAGGUUUAUCCCUCUCAAGUGAAGCCAUUACAAAAACUCCAUGCUAUUUUCUUCAUUAUUUUUUUUAUUUUAUUUUACACAUCUAAAUAUAUUUCUUGACUCAUGUUUUUACAAGUUCCAGAUUUAUUUAUUUUUAAUAAUA